CCAGCGGGUUGGGUUGGGUUUGAGUUUUUCAAACCCAGCGGGUUUUACCCCGAGUUUUUUUGACGGACAAACCCAUGAAUUUGGGUUCGAGUUUGGCAAAACCCGCCCCAACCCGACCCAUUGCCAUCUCUACUUACAAACCACCCCAAGAAGUGACUACCAAGUUCCUAAAAAAAAAAAAGUGACUACCAAGUGGGCUUCGACGGCAUACGUUGCAAGACAGUCCAAGUCUACCCAUGUAAAUUGGGCCACGUUUGAACGGCCCAAUUUUUGUUAAUGGCCGCCAGAAUAACAUUUGGCGCGGCCACGUAAGCAACUCAACUCUAGAUUCGGCCGCACCUGAUUUCAUACCUCAAGUUUGCUCGAAAACGGAAACAAGGAAUGACGUGUGAUACUGAUUCCUGAAAAGCUCCAAACAUUUCCUUUCCCUUCUCUUCUGAUUUCUUUCUUUUCUUUUCUUUUCCGUUUCCUCUCAUUUUCUUCUCUUCAUCUUCAUCAAUUCCGUCACCGGGCAUAGAAUUAAAUGCUCAGACACCAUUAACGGCUCUCCAUUUCCUCUUCCGUAACAGUAAUGCGAUCUUCUUCCAUCACCAUCACCGAUUACCUUCCCCAUUCGCUCUCAACGCCACCACCGGGAACCCUGAACAAAGCCGACGCCGUCUCGAUUGAAUUCUGACAGGAGAGAGAGAGAGGAUGGGGUUCUUCAGUAUGAUCUUCGGCUUCGUCGGCUUCGGAGUCGGGAUUUCGACGGGCAUUGUGAUCGGUUACUUCCUCUUCAUCCACUCCGUUCCAAGCGAUGUCAAGGAUCCUGAGAUUCGUCCGUUAGCUGAGCAAGACGACGAGACUCUCCAGCGGAUGUUUCCUGAGAUUCCACCUUGGGUGAAAAAUCCUGACCACGAACGUAUUGAUUGGUUGAACAAGUUUAUUGAGUAUAUGUGGCCUUACCUGGAUAAGGCCAUUUGCAAGACCGUUCAGGAAAUCGCAAAGCCGAUAAUCGCAGAGCAGAUUCCAAAAUACAAGAUAGACUCUGUCGAAUUCGAAACACUUACACUCGGGUCGCUGCCACCAACUUUUCAAGGAAUGAAAGUUUAUGUGACUGAUGAGAAGGAGUUGAUAAUGGAGCCAUGCAUCAAGUGGGCUGGAAACCCUAAUGUCCUUGUUGCUGUUAAAGCAUUUGGAUUGAAAGCAACAGCUCAAGUUUUGGAUCUGCAAGUUUUUGCUUCUCCCCGUAUAACUCUGAAACCCUUGGUUCCUAGCUUCCCCUGCUUUGCCAAUAUCUACGUUUCCCUAAUGGAGAAGCCUCAUGUGGACUUUGGACUCAAGCUUGUGGGAGCUGAUCUUAUGUCAAUUCCAGGAGUCUACAGACUUGUUCAGGAGAUAAUCAAAGAUCAGGUUGCAAACAUGUACCUGUGGCCUAAAACCUUGGGAAUUCAAGUCCUAGAUGCAAAAGCCUUGAAGAGGCCUGUUGGAAUCCUGAGAGUGAAAGUCCUGAGAGCAAUGAAGCUAAAAAAGAAAGACCUACUCGGUGCAUCAGACCCAUAUGUGAAACUGAAGUUAUCUGAGGAUAAGGUACCAUCCAAGAAGACCACAGUAAGGCACAAGAACUUGAACCCGGAAUGGAACGAGGAGUUCAGCAUGACAGUUCGAGAUCCCGAGACCCAGGCUCUUGAGCUCCAUGUGUAUGACUGGGAGCAGGUUGGCAAGCAUGACAAGAUGGGGAUGAACCUAGUCCCCCUGAAGGACAUUCCACCAAAAGAGACCAAAGUCAUGACACUUGACCUACUAAAAACCAUGGAUCUGAACGACCCCCAGAACGAAAAAUCGAGAGGCCAGAUCGUCGUUGAACUUACUUACAAGCCAUUUAAGGAAGAGGAAAUGCCCAGUACCUUUGAGGAGAUGCAGACCGUGGAGAAGCCGCCAGAGGGAACUCCUGCUGGUGGAGGAUUGCUUGUGGUCAUAGUUCAUGAAGCUCAAGAUGUUGAGGGAAAACACCACACCAACCCCUGUGUCAGAAUUACUUUCAAAGGAGAGGAGAAAAGAACCAAGCCAAUAAAGAAGUGCAGAGAUCCAAGGUGGGAGGAGGAGUUCCAGUUCAUGCUGGAAGAACCUCCAACCAAUGAGAAGCUGCACGUAGAAGUUACGAGCAGUUCUAAGCGGAUGGGCAUGCUUCAUCCGAAGGAAUGUUUGGGGUAUACGGUGAUCAAUCUGGCAGAUGUCGUGCACAACAAGAGGAUCAACGAGAAGUAUCAUCUUAUAGACUCGAAGAAUGGGAAGCUUCAGCUGGAGUUGCAGUGGAGAGCUGCUGCUCAGUGAUGUUUCUUUGUUCUCUUCUCAUAGCUAUACUUAUGUUUUUAUGGGUUUGCGAUACCGAUGAUGAUAGGAAUACGGUUUAUUUUUAUGAAUGAUAGGAAUACUUUUAGAAUCGAAUGGAAAUUCCAUUUUUUUGGCACUAUGUAAAGCGGACACAGAAACAUAUACUAAUAAAAAGAUGUUUGCAGUAUGUUUCUAAAAGACAAUUAUAAUUAAUUUUUUUGAUUAUUUGUAGGUUUUAUUCAUUCAAAAUUGGCCACAUCAAAGUGGUGUGAUAUGUUAUUGUGAGAAUCAGCGAUAUAGCCAAGAAAUUAGAUAAGGUGGG